CGUCCUGGGGCUCAGAGAAGGCUGCACGCGCACGCUGCUGCACUUGAUAACACGGGAUAAGUUUUUACCCCGAAGGACGCUUCGGGUUAUUCUUGUGUUGUAUUUUGUUUUCCUUUAGAGGCAACAGAAAUGACACUUGUGGAACUUUGAAAAGAAAAGAAAAACUAACAUGUGCCUGUAAGCUGUUUCAUGUUACUGAGGGAAUAAACGUCAAGUGGAUAUUACACACCGGGCUCCGGACGCAGAGACCCGACACUUCCAUGCUCACUUUAAACAUUCAUUUGUUUUCUCACAUGUCCUUGGACAGCUUUUAGUCUUUUUUUUCCACCAGUCUUUUUUCUCAUAAUGCGACUUUUUUUUCUGGCGUGUGCAACCUGUCAGGAACAAACAGAGCUGGUAAAAAUGUUACAAGGUCGUUAAAUUUAUUGGAACGUGACCACCGGAGAUGAACUUUCUCCGUAUUGAUUGCGCGAGCUCUGGUGAAUGAUUGACAGCAGAGGCUCGGCCUGGCGCUCUGUGGACAUUUAUGGAUUUACCGUCAGGAGUUCAACUUGUUUUGUUUUAAUCAUUAAGAGAAAAGAAGGAGCACAACAUAACUCUGGCCCUGAUUCAUUCAGCAGAAGAAGAACGUUUUCAUCCAGGUUUCGGAGAUGAACUGAAGCUAAUUCACCCUCCUCCAUUACUAUUUUUAAUUUCGUUUUAAUGACUCUAAAUCAAUCACUUUAAAACAUGUUUUAUAGGCCUAUGGAAUCUACGGUGAGGCACGCGACGUGCAGCCCGGUGUUACAGCGGCCCCUCGUGCUACUGCUGCUGCUGUUCCGGUGUCCUGGUCUCACAUUUGGAGCCUCCAAAGAUCUGGUGUGUGAGCCCAUAACUGUUCCCAUGUGCAAGGGCAUCGGCUACAACCUGACCUACAUGCCCAACCAGUUCAACCAUGACACCCAGGAGGAGGUGGGGCUGGAGGUGCACCAGUUCUGGCCCCUGGUCCGGAUCCGCUGCUCUCCAGACCUGCUCUUCUUCCUGUGCAGCAUGUACACCCCCAUCUGCCUGCCGGACUACCGCAAGCCACUGCCACCCUGCCGGUCUGUGUGUGAACGGGCCAAACGGGGCUGCUCCCCUCUAAUGAGCCAGUACGGCUUCGAGUGGCCUGAGAGGAUGAGUUGCGAGCAGCUGCCCCAGCUGGGAGACGACUCGACCCUGUGCAUGGACCGGAACAGCAGCGAGACCACCACCCUGGCUCCACCAUUCCCCAAGCCCACCUCUAAAGGCCGGGCCAGACCACCCAGCCCCCCGCAGUGUGACAGGGAGUGCCGCUGUCGAGACCCCCUGGUCCCAAUCAAGAGGGAGUCCCACACUCUUUACGGCCAGGUCCACACCGGCCCCCUACCCAACUGCGCCCAGCCCUGCCACCAGCCCUACUUCUCAGCCAACGAACGCGCCUUCACCAGCUUCUGGGUGGGACUCUGGUCGGUGCUGUGCUUCAUCUCCACCUUGACCACUGUUGCCACCUUCCUCAUUGACAUGGAACGCUUCCAGUACCCGGAGAGGCCCAUCAUCUUCCUGGCUGCAUGCUACCUCUUCGUGUCCUUGGGUUACAUCAUCCGCCUGGUGGCAGGCCAUGAGCGAGUGGCGUGUGGCACCGGCAGCAAUGUUGGUGGCGACCAGCUGCACAUCCUCUACGACACCACUGGCCCUGCUCUCUGCACCCUUGUCUUCUUGUUGGUGUACUUCUUUGGCAUGGCCAGCUCCAUCUGGUGGGUGGUGCUGUCCUUCACCUGGUUUCUGGCUGCAGGGAUGAAGUGGGGCAGCGAGGCCAUUGCAGGAUACUCGCAGUAUUUCCAUCUCGCCGCCUGGCUCAUCCCCAGUGUCAAGACAAUCGUCGUCCUGGCUCUCAGCUCUGUGGACGGGGACCCUGUGGCUGGAAUCUGCUACGUGGGGAACCAGAGUCUGGAAAGUCUGAGGGGAUUCGUACUCGCACCUCUUGUGGUUUACCUCUUCACUGGCUCACUUUUCUUACUUGCCGGCUUUGUUUCUCUCUUCCGCAUCAGAAGCAUCAUCAAGCAAGGGGGAACCAAGACGGACAAACUGGAGCGGCUGAUGAUCCGCAUUGGGCUCUUCACGGUGCUGUACACGGUCCCCGCCACCAUCGUGGUGGCCUGCCUGGUCUACGAGCAGCACUACAGGCCAGGCUGGGAGCGAGCCUUGGCCUGUUCCUGCCCGUCUGAGCGCCAGCGCUUGGGUGGGGGCCCAGAAUAUGCCGUCUUCAUGCUCAAGUACUUCAUGUGCUUAGUGGUGGGGAUCACAUCAGGAGUCUGGAUUUGGUCAGGAAAGACACUGGAGUCCUGGAGGAGGUUUGUCACACGAUGCUGCCCCUGCUGGCCACGGAAAACCACCGCUCCACCCUCCAUGUACAGCGAGGCCAGUACUGCUUUAACUGGACAUACUGGAACUGGGCUGACAUCAGGGAUCUACCACAAAGCUGUUCCAUCGCAUAUAUGAACUGACUGGCUCAGUUAAGAGGAUUGAUGUUCAUACAGUCACCUCUGUGAACACUCAGAAACACACUACAGUCUCUAAACACACACCAAGUGAGUGUGGACAAACAUCUGCAGAAUGUCAGCUUGCACAAAAAAACUACAUGAUUGUGACAAUAUAUAAGGUAUAAAAAAAAAAUUUAACAAACAACCUGAUUGAUAGGAAAUUCCACUAAACGGAAACUUUAAAAUAGUUUGACUUUGGUGAAAAGUGACUUCAACAAUUGGAGCUGCUUUUCUACGCCAGCUGACCAAGCAACAUCUGCUGAAAAGAAAAAACAAUCUUCAAACCUAAUAGAGCUACAUGGAUCCAUGAUGGAAUCACACACACUUCUACCUGUCUGCUUAUCCUGAGCACUAAGAGAAACACAUAUUUAUUUAUGUAUAUAUUGUACAAAGUUGCUGUAAAAACAAUUAGAUGUAUGGUGUGAUGUGUAGUUUGUAACCAACCAAUGCCACUGCCAAAAGCUAAGUGUAAGACACCAGAGAAACAAAUCUUGUCUGAUUUGAAUUGUAUAAACUUUUACAUAAAUGUCAUAUUUCAUGUUAAUGUUUUGCGUGUGAUAUCUGGUGUUUUGUAUUAUUAGGAAACUGAAAUAGCUGGAAAACUCUUUGUUCAGGUUUUCCCAGACUUAGAAGUAAUCUGGGAAUCAAACAAAAAGCAAUUCAGCCUCGACGGAUACUGUUAUAACCUCUAAGCGAUGUUGUUAGUUUACAUCCCAUUUAAAGUUCCUAAAGUCGCUUUCUGAACUAGUUCUGCUUAUGUUCUGUGAACGAUCAGGCUGUGAUUAUGUUAAAGCUGCAGGAGGAAACUGACCUGGCCUUUACCCCCCUCUACUGGUUGACAGUGGAGCUGCUCACUUUGUACCCCCCCCCCCCAAACAGAUCAACGUUAAACCACAGACCCUCAGUCAAAUUAGAUUUUGUACCCAAACUGUCAAAAAUGUUACAGUGGAAUCCAUUAUUGGCAUAGGUUUUUAUUUUGAUCUCCUGUGGACUACCUGGUACCGACUCAAGGGCCUCUUAAAAGGUCCCUGGACCUCACUUUGAGAACCAUUGCUCUACUUUUCUUGUGAUUUCAAGACAUGGAUUCUAAACAGACAGAUUUAAGGAUUAUAGAAUUUUGAAAUAAUUAGUUGGACAGAAAAUUAACCAGCAACGUGUUUGAUAAUCGACUAGUUAUUAAAGUAAUUUAAAGAAGAAAUUCCAAAUGUGUAGAUUCAACUUUUCCAAUCUCUCAUUUCAUAAACACCGUUUGCACAGCUGGUCGGAGAAAACAAAUAAUAUACCCCCUAGGUGACAUGCAUUUCCACAAUCA